AUGUCUUCACCGGCGCAGAAUGAGCUGCGGUUUAAGAACCCAAGAAUUUUCGUUUGUGAUAUCCAAGAAAAGUUUCGCCAUGUCAUUCACGAAUUCGAUAGCAUCGUCCUCACCACCCAAAAGCUCCUCAAAUUCGCAAACACUCUCUCCGUUCCCGUCGUAACCACAACCCAAACCUCAGCCAAGCUUGGUCCCACAGUUUCAGCUCUCGCGCAGCUCCUCCCCUCGACACCACACGACAAGACACGUUUCUCCAUGUCCAUUCCCUCCAUCACCGCCGAUUUACCCCAGGGCUCCGAAAUCGCUCUUGUUGGUAUUGAGUCGCAUAUUUGCAUCACCCAGACAGCGCUCGAUUUGCGCGACGCAGGGCAUAAGGUGUAUGUUAUCGCUGAUGGAGUGUCGAGCUGUAAUCCUCGCGAAGUGGACAUUGCCCUCGAUCGAUUGCGCGCCGAGCCCGGAAUCACAGUCACGUCGAGCGAGAGUUGGAUGUAUGAAUGCGUGGGAGAUUCGCAACAUCCUGCUUUCAAGGGAUUGAUUGGCGUUGUCAAGGAGUCAAUUGCAGACACCAGAAAGGUUUGGCAAGCCUUGCCCCCUGGGUCCAAGAUCUAG